AUGGCGCAUCUAGGGGGUGGUGCUGAGGCUCAUGCCAGAUUUAAACAGUACGAGUACCGUGCAAACUCCAGCCUUGUCCUUACGACAGACUCUCGUCCACGUGAUACCCAUGAGCCAACCGGCGAGCCCGAAUCUCUCUGGGGGAAAAUCGACCCUAAGCACUUUGGUGACCGGGCCUAUCGUGGUAAGCCUCCUGAGCUCGAGGAAAAACUUAAAAAGUCGAAGAAGAAGAAGGAAAGAGAGCCAGGAGUCGCCUCGGAGAAGCGGAGGGACAGUAAACGUAGACGCUUGCAGGAGGAGAGUGUUCUUUCCCUUGCGGAGGAAGGCAUGUACCAGCCCAAGACGAAGGAAACACGUGCGGCCUAUGAGGCCCUUCUGAGUGUGAUCCAACAGCAGUUUGGUGGGCAGCCCCAGGAUAUUCUUAGUGGUGCAGCAGAUGAGGUGCUUUCCGUUUUGAAGAAUGAUAAGCUUAAGAAUCCUGACAAAAGGAAGGAGAUAGAAAAACUCUUGAACACCAUUACAAACAAGGCCUUUGAUCAACUUGUCUCAAUUGCUCGUCUCAUCACAGACUAUCAGGAUGGGGGUGAGACAACGGCUUCGGCAGGUGCAGAUGGAAAGGACGAGGAUUUGGAUGACGUUGGCGUUGCAGUUGAGUUUGAGGAAGAGGAAGACGAAGAGGAAAGCGACUACGAUCAGGUAUAUUAAUUGCCUAGACAUUGAAUAUUUCAAGCAUAGGCUCAAUUGUUGACUAAAAGUGUUUUCGUUCAUCAGGUUCAGGAGGAGUCUGAGGAUGAGGAUGAAGGCCAGGAAUCCAAUGGUGCUGGGGCUAUGCAGAUGGGUGGAAUAGAUGACGAAGACAUGGAAGAAGCUAAUGAAGGCUUGGCCAUAAACGUUCAAGAUAUUGAUGCAUAUUGGCUUCAGAGGAGGAUUUCUCAAGCAUUUCAAGGGAUUGAUCCUGAGCAAAGCCAGAAACUUGCUGAGGAGGUGCUUAAAAUUAUCGCCGAAGGGGAGGACAAGGACGUGGAAAACCAGCUUGUGAUGUUGCUGGAUUUUGACAAAUUUGAUCUGAUUAAAUUGCUACUUAGGAAUAGGCUAAAGAUAGUGUGGUGUACCCGUCUGGCAAGAGCUGAGGACCAAGAUCAAAGGAAAAAAAUCGAGGAGGAAAUGAUCUCUCUGGGUCCAAGCCUGUCUGCAAUUGUGGAGCAGUUGCAUGCUACGAGAGCAUCUGCAAAGGAGCGUCAAAAAAACUUGGAGAAAGUUAUUAGAGAGGAGGCAAGAAGAUUGAAAGAUGAACAUGGUGGUGAUGACAGUGAGAGGGAUCGUAGGACUGUUGAUAGAGAGGUGGAAAGUGGGUGGUUAAAGGGGCAGCGCCAAUUGCUCGAUCUUGAAAGCAUUGCUUUCCACCAGGGUGGUCUUUUAAUGGCGAAUAAGAAAUGUGAGCUGCCUCCAGGUUCUUAUCGUACUCCUCAUAAGGGUUAUGAGGAGGUCCACGUGCCAGCUUUGAAGGCCAAACCAUUGGAAGAUAGUGAAAAGCCCAUAAAGAUAUCAGAGAUGCCUGACUGGGCACAGCCAGCAUUUGAAGGGAUGAAACAGCUGAACAGAGUUCAAAGUCGAGUCUAUGAAGUUGCACUGAAAAAGCCGGAUAAUAUUCUUCUAUGUGCACCGACUGGUGCUGGAAAAACAAAUGUUGCUAUGCUGGCUAUUCUUCAGACUAUUGCUCUUCAUAGGGUCGAGAAUCCGGAUGGAUCAUUUGACCACAGUGGGUACAAGAUUGUAUAUGUAGCACCAAUGAAAGCACUGGUUGCUGAGGUUGUUGGGAACUUGUCAAACCGACUGAAGUCUUACAAUCUUGUUGUGAGAGAACUUAGUGGAGACCAGACUCUAACCCGUCAACAGAUUGAAGAAACUCAAAUCAUUGUCACAACACCUGAGAAAUGGGAUAUCGUCACUAGAAAAUCAGGGGACAGAACUUAUACACAGUUGGUGAAGCUUCUGAUUAUUGAUGAGAUCCAUCUUCUUCAUGAUAAUAGAGGACCUGUCCUGGAAAGUAUUGUUGCGAGGACUGUCAGGCAGAUAGAGACAACAAAAGAGCAUAUCCGAUUAGUUGGUUUGUCAGCCACUCUCCCAAAUUAUGAAGAUGUGGCAUUGUUUCUCCGAGUUCAUAGCAAGAAAGGUGAUGAUGAUAAGAAAGAUAAGAAGGUGCAGGGACUCUUCUAUUUUGACAAUAGCUAUAGGCCCGUUCCUCUGGCCCAACAAUAUAUUGGGAUAACAGUUAAGAAGCCUUUACAGCGGUUCCAGUUAAUGAAUGAUAUAUGUUAUGAGAAGGUCAUGGAUGUGGCUGGGAAGCAUCAAGUUCUUAUUUUCGUGCACUCAAGGAAAGAAACAGCUAAAACUGCUCGUGCAAUACGUGACACAGCAAUAGCUAAGGACACCUUAAGUCGGUUUCUAAAGGAUGAUAGUGCCAGUCGUGAGAUCCUUCAGAGUCAGACAGACCUCGUUAAGAACACUGAUCUGAAGGACCUCUUGCCAUACGGAUUUGCAAUUCAUCAUGCAGGAAUGGCAAGGGUGGACCGAGAUCUUGUGGAAGCACUUUUUGCUGAAGGCCAUGCACAAGUGUUGGUAUCCACAGCCACUCUUGCAUGGGGGGUUAAUUUGCCGGCACAUACAGUGAUCAUCAAAGGCACUCAGAUUUAUAAUCCAGAGAAAGGAGCUUGGACAGAGCUCAGUCCCUUGGAUGUCAUGCAGAUGCUUGGUCGUGCAGGAAGACCUCAGUAUGAUUCUUAUGGAGAGGGAAUAAUACUGACUGGCCACAGUGAAUUACAGUAUUAUCUUUCUCUUAUGAAUCAGCAACUUCCUAUUGAAAGCCAGUUUGUGUCCAAGUUGGCUGAUCAGUUAAAUGCAGAGAUUGUUCUCGGAACUGUUCAGAAUGCAAGAGAGGCCUGCCAUUGGCUCGGGUACACUUACUUGUACAUUCGUAUGCUUCGAAAUCCAACACUCUAUGGUGUAGCAGCUGACGUUCUUGAGAAAGACCCAUACCUUGAGGAGCGACGGGCUGAUCUGGUAUGCUAUUAGACUUGUCCUAGAUUUUUGGUGCGCAUGUAGAAAUUAAGUAUAAAUGCAUGCUAUUAUGAUCAUCUGAGUUUUCGUUCUUGAAAUUGUUUGUAUAUCAUUUUGAUGAUGAGAAAUUCUCAUCUACCAGUCACAGAAUAAAAUGGUUUCAAAUGCUAUUAUAAAUGUUUGUUCUGUGUGUCUUUUAUAUUUUCUGAGGUUUCUCUUAUUCACUACUGAUGCAUGUUAUAUAUAUUGCCUUCUUGUCUGGCUUCAAAUGGUCGACUAGGUUUUGUGGUCGCUUUUAUUAUUUUACCAUUCAGAUUUUUAUUUUACCGAACACGUCUGUUUUUUUUUAAUACUUAUGUUCUUCUCAAUUUAUAGACGUAGAAUCCAUAUCUUUGGAGUUUUCAAUAAAUUCGAGUUUUUGUUUUAAUCAUUAUUAAGUGGGAAGGAGAAAUAACCCUACCUCUUAUUACUGCGAAGAUUUUUUUCCUGAGUUUUCUAGUUGCCUCUUUCGCAUUUGCAAACUAAUCUGAAGAAUUUUUUUACUACAGUGCGGAAAAGGAUAGUGUUUGGGGUUGUAACAGGAUUCAAGUUAAUAAUGAAUCCUGUUACAACCCUCCCUCCCUUCAUCCCUCGCUCACUUACUCGAACUAGUAAACGACCCUAUUCUUAAAAUGUUUCCUAUAGUUCUCAUGGAUGUCAGAAGCGAAUUAUUGAGCUUAAAUUCAGUAAACUAGUGAGGCCUUUGAGAAUGUUGCUUCCACGUUUUUACUAUAUUUAUUCACUUUCAGAUAUUCGAUCUAAUUCUAGUUGGGUAAGGUGGAUGUCCGUUCUUUCAUGGAGUUGCUUGUUUUUCUGAUGGGUGAAUGCUUGCUUUAUUAUUUUGUUCUUAUUCCUGUGGCAGAUGAGAGCGUUAUCUGUCUGCUUUUGAGCUAUUGUCUGUCAUGCAGAAGGCACAUUCAUCUUGAGCUUCUUAUAGAUGUGGGAAUUAGUUAGACAUGUAAAUAGAUUUUGUUUUUUUUUUUUUGCUAACGGAUGCAUCGAAAUGGAAAUUCCGGAAGCCGAAAUUUGGAAAAAAUUCGCACCUAUGAUAUAUGUGGUUUGUAAUCAUUUUGGAGUAAAAUAUAACACCAACAUGAAGCUUGAUCGUACUAUUGAGUGUGCUGUAUUCAUGUCUCCUAUUGUAUCAUUCAUAGGACCUCAUGUCUUCCCUCUGUGGCUUUUAGUAUGCGUUCAGUCCCUUGCCUGAAUACAUGUGCGUAUUUCUUUUCUCUUUCUUUUCUCGAGUUAGAAAUGCUAGUGAACUGCGAUUUAAAGAUUUGAGAGAGGGAUACAUUAGAUUCCUAGUCUAAACUUGUGAUUCAGACGUCAUCAUUACUUUGCUAUUUUCUCUAUUUUCUUAUUUGAUAGUCGUUAUCCCACUGUUCCUUUGAGCGAUUUCAUUAGGAAACAGUCUUCUUGGACUUGUCAUCUGAACAAUGUAUUGUCAGCUUUUAUGCAUGCCUGCGAUCGAGGUCCACCUAUUUCCAGAUCCCUCAUUGUAUCAGGAGUUUUAAUCUCUGUGCAGCCGAGAAAGAUCUGGAAUUGUAGACUUGAGAUUCUACUUGGUUGUCUACUUGUCUGUAUCUUCAUGUUCAUAAAAUAAUUUAGAAGAUCACAACAGUGACACCAGUUUAUUGCAGAUGCCUCUGUACUAGUGUGAUGUAAAUCUAACGCCGAUAUUUUUUUUCUUACAGAUUCACUCUGCUGCUUCUAUCUUAGACAAGAAUAAUUUGAUAAAGUAUGAUCGCAAAGGCGGUUACUUUCAGGUGACCGAUCUGGGUAGGAUUGCAAGUUUCUAUUACAUUACUCACGGAACAAUAUCUACAUACAACGAGCAUCUGAAACCGACAAUGGGAGAUAUCGAGCUCUGUCGACUGUUUUCACUCAGUGAAGAGUUCAAGUACGUGAUGGUAAGGCAAGAUGAGAAGAUGGAAAUGGCAAAGCUCUUGGAUCGUGUGCCUAUUCCCGUGAAAGAAAGUUUAGAAGAGCCUAGUGCGAAGAUCAAUGUUCUUCUGCAGGCAUACAUUUCAAAGCUGAAACUUGAAGGACUGUCGUUGACAUCUGAUAUGGUUUUCAUCACUCAGGUCCUCUUCUUUCUUCUUCCUUCCUCUUCCUUCCUCUCCCCCCAAAAAAGAAAAUAAAUAAAUAAAUCAGAGUCGUAGGCUCAUUUAUUUUCUUGUUUUCUUGCAGAGUGCGGGGCGUCUCUUGCGAGCGCUUUUUGAGAUUGUGCUGAAAAGGGGUUGGGCUCAGUUAGCUGAGAAGGCUUUGAAUCUAUGCAAGAUGGUCAAUAAGAGGAUGUGGACUGUCCAGACGCCGCUCCGCCAGUUCCAUGGAAUACCCAAUGAAAUCUUGAUGAAACUGGAGAAGAAGGAUUUGUCCUGGGAGAGAUAUUAUGACCUUUCUUCCCAGGAAAUUGGAGAGCUCAUCCGUUAUCCCAAGAUGGGAAGACAACUUCACAAGAACAUUCAUCAGUUACCGAAGCUCAACCUUGCCGCCCAUGUUCAGCCAAUCACCCGCACCAUCCUGAGCUUUGAGCUGACCAUCACGCCGGAUUUCCAGUGGGAUGAUAAGGUUCAUGGGUACGUCGAGCCAUUCUGGAUCAUUGUCGAAGACAACGAUGGCGAGUAUGUGCUUCAUCACGAGUAUUUUCUGUUGAAGAAGCAAUUCAUCGAGGAAGAUCACACCGUGAACUUCACCGUGCCGAUUUAUGAACCGCUGCCUCCUCAGUACUUCAUUUGUGUGAUAUCUGACAAGUGGCUGGGAUCGCAGACCGUUCUACCCGUGUGUUUCAGGCAUCUGAUACUACCGGAGAAGUACCCUCCUCCCACAGAACUCCUGGAUUUGCAACCUCUCCCAGUGACUGCGUUGAGAAAUCCAUCCUAUGAAUCCCUGUAUGAGAAGGACUUCAAGCAUUUUAACCCGAUACAGACGCAGGUCUUCACCGUCCUGUACAACUCAGACGACAACGUGCUGGUUGCUGCUCCGACUGGCAGUGGGAAGACGAUCUGCGCAGAAUUCGCCCUGAUGCGGAACCAUCAGAAGGGGCCCGAGAACAUGCGUGCGGUCUACAUUGCUCCCAUGGAUGCUCUCGCCAAGGAGAGGUACCAAGACUGGCAGCUGAAGUUCGGGCAGGGCCUCGAUCUGCGCGUGGUGGAGUUGACCGGAGAGACGGCGACCGACCUGAAACUACUGGACAAGAGUCAGAUCAUCAUCAGCACCCCCGAGAAGUGGGACGCCCUGUCCCGCCGGUGGAAGAAACUCAAGCUCAUCCAGCAGGUCAGCCUCUUCAUCGUCGACGAGCUCCAUCUGAUCGGCGGGCAGGUUGGCCCCAUCCUGGAGAUCAUCGUCUCGAGGAUGAGGCGCAUCUCGAGCCAGACCGGGCAGAUCCGCAUAGUGGCCCUCUCGGCCUCGCUCGCCAACGCCAAGGAUCUGGGCGACUGGAUCGGCGCCACCUCCCACGGGCUCUUCAAUUUCCCCCCCGGAGUGCGGCCUGUGCCGCUUGAGAUCCACAUCCAAGGGGUCGACAUAGCCAACUUCGAGGCCCGCAUGCAGGCGAUGACCAAGCCCACCUACACCGCCAUCGUCCAGCACGCCAAGAACGGCAAGCCCGCGCUGGUGUUCGUGCCCACGAGGAAGCACGCGAGGCUGACGGCGAUCGACCUGGUCACAUACUCCACCGUGGAGAGCCCCUCGAAGCCCCCCUUCCUCCACCGGCCCGAGGAGGAGCUGGAGCCUUUCCUGUCCGGGGUCAAGGAGCCGACGCUGAGCGCCACGCUCCGGCACGGCGUGGCCUAUCUGCACGAAGGGCUCAGCCAGAUGGACCAGGAGGUGGUGCUACAGCUGUUCCAGGCCGGGUGGAUCCAGGUGUGCGUGGCAAGCGGCUCGCUCUGCUGGGGGACGCCGCUAUCCGCCCACCUGGUCGUCGUCAUGGGCACCCAGUACUACGACGGCCACGAGAACGCCCACACCGACUACCCCAUCACCGACCUGCUGCAGAUGAUGGGGCGGGCCAGCCGCCCCCUGGUGGACUCCUCCGGCAAGUGCGUCAUCCUCUGCCACGCCCCUCGCAAGGAGUACUACAAGAAGUUCCUCUACGAGGCCUUCCCCGUGGAGAGCCACCUGCAUCACUACCUCCACGACCAUCUCAACGCCGAGAUCGUGGUGGAGGAGGUCCUCACCAAGCAGGACGCGGUGGACUACGUCACCUGGACCUUCAUGUACCGGAGGCUGACCAAGAACCCUAACUACUACAACCUCCAGGGGGUCAGCCACAGGCACCUCUCGGACCACCUCUCCGAGCUCAUAGAGAACACCCUGAGCGACCUGGAGGCCAGCAAGUGCGUCGCCAUCGAAGAAGACAUGUACCUCUCUGCGCGCAACCUCGGCAUGAUCGCGUCUUACUACUACAUCAGCUACACCACCAUCGAGCGCUUCAGCUCGUCGUUGACCCAGAAGACGAAGAUGAAAGGGCUCUUAGAGAUCCUGGCCUCGGCCUCGGAGUACGCCCACCUGCCGAUCCGCCCUGGGGAGGAGGAGUCCAUAAGGAGGCUGAUCAACCACCAGAGGUUCCCCUUCGAGAACACCAAGUUCACCGACCCUCACGUGAAGGCGAACGCCCUGCUGCAGGCCCACUUCUCCAGGCACACCGUGAUGGGAAACCUCGCCGCCGACCAGCAGGAGGUGCUCCACUCGGCGCACCGGCUGCUCCGCGCCAUGGUGGACGUGAUCUCCAGCAACGGCUGGCUCGGGCUCGCCAUCACGGCCAUGGAGCUGAGCCAGAUGGUGACGCAGGGCAUGUGGGACCGCGACCCCCUGCUCCUGCAGCUCCCCCACUUCACCAGGGAGCUGGCCAAGCGGUGCAAGGAGAACCCCAGCGGGAGGAGCGUGGAGAUGGUGUUCGAGCUGAUGGAGAUGGAGGACGCCGAGCGCCGCGAUCUGCUGCAGAUGUCUGAACCCGAGCUACGCGACAUAGCCCGCUUCUGCAACCGCUAUCCCAACAUCGACAUGACCUACGAGGUUGUCAGGGAGGACGACGUCGCCGCCGGCGGCGUGGUCACCCUGCAGGUGACCCUGGAGAGGGACCUCGAGGGCCGCGCCGAGGUGGGGCCGGUGUACGCGCCUCGCUUCCCCAACGCCAAGGAGGAGGGUUGGUGGCUUGUGGUGGGCGACGCCGCCAGCAAUCAGCUGCUCGCCAUCAAGCGGCUCGUUCUGCAGAGGAGGUCCAAGGUGGAGCUCAACUUCGACGCCCCUUCGGAGCCCGGGAAGAAGUCGUACAUGAUCUACUUCAUGUGCGACUCCUACCUCGGCUGCGACCAGGAGUACGAGUUCCAGGUGGACGUCAGGGAGGCCACCGCGGAGGGUGACAGGGACAUGGAGGAGUAA